AUGCAUUCUUCAAGGACUAAAAGAACUGUAAAAGCUGCCACUGUGAUUGGAGCUUCGUCAUCUCAACCAAAGACCAGUGCUGAGAUCAUUAGUGAGGCCCGUUCAUCACUGAGAAGUUUAAAGACUCAAAGACCAUUUACCCCUAAAGAUGAUCAGAGGAAACUUUUUGGGUCUGCUUCUUCCCGUACACCUGAUAAUAGGCCUCCCUCUGCAUUCAGUCUCCAUGCUCGAAGCUUUGAAGGUAGUGACUCAAGACCCAUAUCAGGAGCACGUCUCACCCCUCUUGAUCAUAAACCAAAAAUUCCUACCUCUCCACCCAAAGAUGAAGGAUCUCCCAUUCCAAAGCCCCCACUGGACCCAGUAGAGGUUAAGAGAGUCAGCAAUGCUCGUGCACGAUUAUUUAAAGUUGCUUCUCAAGGGAAUCUUCUGCCUGACAAAGAAAUUCAUUCUGAAGGAACUGUAAAGAGAUUAAAUUCAGAUUCCUGUCUCAACAUUAAAGACUUCUCACAUGAUACUGAUGAAUCUGCCUUAUCGCAGUUUAAUGUGAAAAUCUUAGCAAAUAAGAGCACUGUAUGUGCUGAAGAGAAGAUGAUCCUGCCUACUGGCAUAAGGGAACAUGUGGGCUCACUGUCAACACAGACUAGUCUUGGCAGCAAACAAGUAAUACAAGAGAGUAGACCUUCUACCUGCCCUGGGAACACUGAAAUCAACAAAGAACAGAACAGAACAGGGUCAAAUGGUGAUUCAAGGACAUACGAAGAUGAAACUGAGGAAGAAAUUCUAUACUGGAAUACAAAGAUCCAGCCUCUUCUUGAUGAAAUUAAGCCUUUAAACAACGGUAACGAUGUAGAACAUCUCUGCAAAGUAUGUUCGAGUCUCUAUCAUACACUGCAGGAGGGGAACAUGCUGGGGAAAAUGUGUAAAAGAAGAGCUGUUCUUCUCAAAACAUUGUAUAGACUGGUGGAUGUUGGCUCAGAUCAGCUCUCCAUUCAGCUGGCUAAAAUUAUACUGGCGCUGAAAGUAAGUGGCAGAAAUCUCCUUAACAUUUGUAAAUUGAUGUUCAAAGUUAGUAGGAGUGAGAAUAAUGAUGUUCUAUUCCAAAAGGAUAACAUUUUGGAUUGCUUGAUGGAGGUCUUCAGUUUCACAGAUCCAAUUGGUAACAUUGAUGCUUUUUUAUACUGUAUGGGAACAAUCAAGUUCCUUUCUGGAAAUAUAAUCCUACUCAAAGACCUACUCAACAAAGGUUUAGUUGAGACUUUAGUGCGGUUAAUGAAGGAGAUUAAUGAUGUCAACAGAACAAGUGACACAUAUCUUUGCAGCUCAGGACAUUUAUUGGUUCAGGUCACUGCUACUCUGAGAAACUUGGCUGAUCUGCCCCAGUCCCGAUCCAGGUUCCUAAGCACUGGAGCACUAUCGGAACUCUGUGUGGUACUGGAACAGCACCUAAAUGAUAAAGAUGUCUGUACAAACGUAGCCAGAAUAUUCAGCAAACUUUCAGCCUACAAUGACUGUUGUCUUGCAUUGUCAGAAUGCACUAGCUGCUACCAAUUAUUUUUGGAUAUCCUCCACAGACACCAAAGGAAGCAGGAUUUAGUGGUCCGUGUGGUUUUUAUUUUGGGAAACAUGACUGCAAAGAACAAUAAAGCGAGAGAGGAACUUUACAAGCAGAAGCACAGUGUCAAGACUUUACUGACUCUAUUUCAAACGUACCAUGAACUAGAUGUUAAAGUAAAAAUCACCCCAGCAAAGGCACAGAACGAGAAUGAAAUAGAUGGAUCCAAGAACCAGAGACUCUCUGAGGUAGAAGAUAUCCUAGUAAAGCUGAUAAGAGUGAUUGCUAAUUUAUCCAUAAGCACUGAAGUUGGCUCUGCGUUCUCUGGAAACCAGAAUUGUGUGGAUCUGCUUAUUAAAGUACUAGAAUACAAAACAAUUGAGAAGUGUGAAGAACUGAUGAUGAAUGCUGCAGCAACGAUCAACAACCUGUCGUAUUACCAAGUGAAGAACUCCGCUGUCAAAGCUAGGCAGCUGCACAUAGCUGAAUUGUUGAUGAAGCUUUUAUUGUGUAACAAUAUGGAUGCAAUACUGGAAGCUGCCCGGGUCUUUGGAAAUCUCUCUCGGUCUAAGGAGGUCCGUAACUUCAUUGUACAGAACAAUGUAGAUAAAUUUAUGAUCACAUUAUUGGAUGCCAAACACCAGGACGUCUGUUUUGCUGCUUGUGGAGUGCUUAUAAAUCUGACAGUUGAUAAAAACAAACGGCCCAUAUUGAAACAGGAUGGAGGGAUAAAAAAGUUAAUUGACUGUUUGAGAGACUUCGGGCCUACCGAUUGGCAAUUGGCCAGCCUGGUCUGCAAAACCCUUUGGAACUAUAGUGAAAAAAUAACCAGUACUGUGUUAUGCUUUGGAGAAAAUGAAACUAAUGAACUUCUGGAACUCCUUCCAGCAUAUUUAAAUGAAGAAAUUGCAUUAGAUGUUGCCAUCAAUGGUUCAGAUGAAGGACUGCUGGAACACCACAAAAUGUGCUGGGAAUCUGAAUUUGUACCUGUGGCUCAACAAUUACUAUGUAGGAUUCAGCAUCACCACAGGCACCCAGAAGCUUUACCAUCUUCGUCACUGCAGAACUGCUCCCCUUCAAAAGGUUUAUUCUAAUAUUCUAUUGCCAAGGAAAACAAAA